CAAAUGCCAGAGCUAGUACUUGUAAACUACAAUGAGGCAGGUAUAAAUUAUCUAUCCAUUAGCCACUUAAUGUCCAUACCAAAGCAAAUACUUAAUUGCAAUCAAAUGUUAUCAUCCCAACGUAUAAAAUGUGGCAAGUGCGAGUAUGCCGAUCGAUAUGAAUUUGGGUGCCUCGUGCCUUGGCUAUAAAAGCUUGUCGUUUGAUUUUAAACGUUCAGUAGCAGAACAGUUUCUGGAGGUCAGACAAGCGGCACAUUCUUCAUCAUGGACUUCUACUACCACCCGGGCUCGGCUCCUUGUCGUUCCGUCAUGAUGACGGCCAAGGCGCUGGGAGUUGACCUUAACCUGAAGUUUGUGAAUGUGCUGGAGGGGGAGCAGCUGAAGCCGGAGUUUGUACAGCUGAACCCCCAGCACACAAUUCCCACCCUCGUGGACAAUGGAUUCAUAAUUUGGGAGUCGCGUGCCAUCAUGAUUUACCUGGUGGAGAAGUACGGCAAGGACGACGACUCCCUCUAUCCCGCAGAUCCCCAGAAGCGGGCUGUGAUCAACCAACGCCUCUACUUCGACAUGGGCAGCAUGUUCGAAAGCUUCUAUCAGGCUAUCUUUCCGCAGAUACGUGACAAGACGCCAGCAAAUCCAGAGGCAAUGCUGAAAGUGGAUAAGGCAUUUGGGCUGUUGAACACCUUCCUGGAGGAGGAUGAUUUUGUUGCUGGAGCUAGCCUGACUGUCGCCGACAUCGCCAUUCUGUCCUCUGUGUCGACAUUCGAGGUGGUUGACUAUGACAUCAGCCAAUAUCCGAAUGUGGCCAAGUGGUACGAGAAUGCCAAGGAGGUGACCCCUGGCUGGGAGCAAAACUGGGAGGGUGUAGUGCUGCUCAAAAAGUUCAUGCAGUCCAAUCGCCAGUAAGAGUGAUGUGCAGAAAUGAUCAUACUGUCAAAUAUACUUAUAUAUACUCUG